CGCCAUUUGAAGUAUAAAACUUCACAGGUCUCCUUCCAUUUCCAAUUUUCAAACCCUAAAAUCCCCUUUCUUCUUCUUCAUACUCUCAAUUCCAUUCCGUACCACAAAUCGAUACUGCUAUCAUCUCUCCUUCAACCAAACCACAACAAUGUCAUUUUCAAUCAUCACUUGUAAUUUUCCAGAAACUCCCAAAUUUCAACAACUUUCAAAACCUAAUUUCAUUCCUUCAACUAAAUCAACAACAAGAACAAAGCUAGACUCUAAAUUUCAUCAUCAAGACCACACUACUCUCAUUUCCACAUUCAAUCAAUUGCUCCGUCAGAACAAGCCUACACCAGAGACAAUCGAAUUUAACAAAAUCUUAACUUCCCUUGCCAAGCUCAAACACUACUCAACUGUUAUUUCACUUCAUCAAAAGAUGGAAUUAAACGAAAUUUACUCAGACUUUGUCACUUUCAAGAUCUUGAUAAAUUGUUUUUCUGAAUUGGGUCAAAUUUCUCUUUCAUUUGCUGUAUUUGCCACUAUUCUCAAAAAGGGUUAUCACCCAGACGUCAUAACCUUUAAUACACUCAUCAAAGGUCUUUGUCUCAAAGGUGAGAUCGAUAAAGCAUUGAACUUUCAUCACAAGUUGGUUACACACAGAUUUCAAUUGGAUGAAGCUAACUACACAACUUUGAUUCAUGGGUUAUGUAAAGUUGGAGAAAUGAACAAAGCUAAAGAUAUACUCAACACUAUGGCUAAGAAUGGAGUGCCUCCUAAUGCUUGGAGCUACAAUGCCUUGAUUAAUGGAUUUUGUAAGUUUAAAAUGGUAGAUGAAGCCGUGAAUCUGUUCAAUGAAAUGCGUCGUAGAAUGAUUAUUCCGAAUGUGGUGACUUACAAUUCACUUAUUGAUGGUUUGUGUAAAUCGGGAAGAAUCGAAAAGGCUUUGGAGCUUGUCAAUGAAAUGCAUCAUAAAAAAAUUAUUCCUGAUGUGGUGACUUACAAUUCACUUAUUAAUGGUUUGUGUAAAUCGGGAAGAAUCGAAAAGGCUUUGGAGCUUGUCGAUGAAAUGCAUCAUAAAAAAAUUAUUCCUGAUGUGGUGACUUACAAUUCACUUAUUGAUGGUUUGUGUAAAUCGGGAAGAAUCAAAAAGGCUUUGGAGCUUGUCAAUGAAAUGCAUCGUAGCAAAAUUAUCCCUGAUUUGGUGACUUACAGUUCACUUAUUGAUGGUUUGUGUAAAUCGGGAGGAAUCAAAAAGGCUUUGGAGCUUGUCAAUGAAAUGCAUCAUAGCAAAAUUAUCCCUAAUGUGGUGACUUACAAUUCACUUAUUGAUGGUUUGUGUAAAUCGGGAAGAAUCAAAAAGGCUUUGGAGCUUGUCAAUGAAAUGCAUCGUAAAAAAAUUAUUCCUGAUGUGGUGACUUACAAUUCACUUAUUGAUGGUUUGUGUAAAUCGGGAAGAAUCAAAAAGGCUUUGGAGCUUGUCAUUGAAAUGCAUCGUAGCAAAAUUAUCCUUAAUGUGGUGACUUACAAUUCACUUAUUGAUGGUUUGUGUAAAUCGGAAAGAAUCAAAAAGGCUUUGGAGCUUGUCAAUGAAAUGCAUCGUAGCAAAAUUAUCCCUGAUUUGGUGACUUACAGUUCACUUAUUGAUGGUUUGUGUAAAUCGGGAAGAAUUGAAAAGGCUUUGGAGCUUGUCAAUGAAAUGCAUCAUAGCAAAAUUAUCCCUAAUGUGGUGACUUACUGUUCUAUAUUGGAUGCUUUGUUCAAAAACCAUCGUGUUGACGAGGCAAUUGCAUUAUUAACCAAAAUUAUAGAGAAGGGUAUUCAGCCAGACUUGCAUACAUACACUAUUCUUAUACAUGGAUUGUGUAUAAAUGGAAGACUGGAGGAUGCCAGAAAGGUUUAUGAAACAAUUAUUCGUUCCCUCUUUGAAAAAGGUGAAAAUGAUAAAGCAGAGAAACUUCUUCGUGAAAUGAUUGAGAGAGGUCUAUUAUAUAAUCAAAACUAGGAUUGGUAGUGCAUCUUAUCCAUGCUCCUCAAUGAAAAUCAAUCUUUGAAAAUGGUGUAACAAAAUUGUUGGUAGACUUCUGUGUGCAUCAGUUAAAAAGGCUGUUGGUGAGACGAUUGUUCCCGCUACUGAUAUAUCAAAAAGCAGUACUACAGAAAAGCAUAAAAAGUUUGUUUCCAUGUGAAUUUGCACAACUCUUCCAAUCAGGAUUUGUUCUCAAGCUGGUGAUGAUGACCAUCAGAAGUUCCAACCUCUAGGCUGCUAGAAUUGUUAUGAUUUGCUUCAGCUGAGGAUAUGAUUUGACAUGUAAAUGAUGACCGUGUUUCUCACUCUUCCUUGCUUCAUCUACAUGCACAUCAUCUUCAACUUAUUUUCAGAUAUGCUCAUGAACCCAUAUCGCAGUAUAAAUGUUUCUACUGCACAAUCAACCACUACGACAUUUUGGAAGUGAAGUGGAGGAAACUAACCAAAAUAGCAUUGCAUGCACCACAACCUUAGUCCAGUCACUGAGUUGUUCCCUUCUUCAUCGAUUCUGAUACACAAUUUGAGGAAUUGCAAUUCUCAGAGACAGAACACAGAGACAAUGAUGAAGAAGGAACACGAAGAUGAAGAUGACUGAAAAUGAAGACGGCGAUUAACAAUUUCAAGCUUCAGAUCAGAGAUUUUUCUAAGAAGCUUCGGCAAUUCUAUCACAUGUAUUUUUUUUUGAAAGACUAUCCCAUGUUUGUUGAAAAGUCGAUUAUGAUGAAGACAUAAGGAUUAAGAAUUAGAGUGAUUUUGGUAAGGUUCUUCCGAAUCGGAGUGAUUUUGACACGGUUCUACUCAGUGAAAGUGAGAGAAAGAAGGAGAGGUGAAGAUUAGUGAUUUUGACUUUUGACAGAUAGAUAAAACAACUAUGGUCAAAGGCCAAAGGCAACAGAAUGAAAAUAGUUAUCAUUACAUCAGUAGUCAUGCUUAAUUUUUCUCAAGGUUGCUUGUUUUUCUCAAGGUUACAUUACAUCUAGAAAAAUAUUAUCAGUAGUCAUGCUUCUAGUUCUAUGGCAAAUUUUUUGAGUUUAUCUUGGCCAACUUUAUGCAAGUUGAGAAGUUUUAUUUUAGAUAUCAAUAAACUUCUACUAUAAUAAUUGAGUUUUUCUAA